AUGACCACUUAUUUUUCACCAACAGUUAAAUUACCGGUAAUACAACCAACACACAUAUCAGAGGGGUCUUAUAAAACGAUUGGGGAUUUAAACGCAUAUUGUGUCGGUCGCCCAAAAAACAAGAAAGCGGUAAUAGUGUCGCAUGAUAUGAUGGGAUUCAAUCCUCGAUCGGAACAGUUAUGUGAUAUAAUUGCUUCGCAAGGAUUUUAUGUAGUAAUGCCAUACUUCUUCAAUGAUGAGCCAUACACAAUAGAACGUGUAAAACGUGAGGGAAAUAUUGAACGAUUUCUAUGGCUAUCACAAGUAGCACCACAAGCUCACGUAAAUAAAGUAAUUGACACAAUAAUCACACAUUUACGAGCAGAAGGAUACAAAGCAUUUGGUUUCUUUGGUGCAUCAUGGGGAGGAAAAUGUGCCGCGUUCGCUUCACAUAAUCCAGCAUUUACUGCUGCGGUUCUUGUACACGUGCCGUGGUUAACGGUCAACGAUUUUAAAGACACACAGUGUCCGGUGGCAAUAUUAUCACCAGGUGAUUUAAGAGAUUUGACACCGAUAGUUCAAGAUCUAAAAUCCACAAAACCCUUCGCGCGUAAAAUUGUACAUAAGCGUUUUCCGGAAGCAAAGUAUGGAUGGGUUGGAGUACUCAGCGAUUACUCAAAUCCAAUAGUAGCCGAAUUAAACACGGAGGCAAUGCGAAUAGCAGUCACUUUCUUUCGAGAGAAUAUCGGUAUAAGAAAUUAUUAA